AUGGAAGUCCAAGAAGGGCGCAGGGGAGGCCAGAAGGGAGGCCCCCCACCUCUCCUAGGCGGUGGCGCCUGGCCGGCCCAGGGUCAGCGAGGGGGUACGGGGGAGGGGCGCCAGGCGCGGAAUUCCCUGCUGGAGGCCCCUUCCCCUCCCCCUUCGGCCCCGGGGCAGCGUGGAGGUCCAGGGCUUAGGGGUCAUGGGGCGUUGAGACGUGGGGACUGCGGUCGGGACAAUGGUCCCUGGCUGUGCGCUCUGGGUGCGGCGCGGGCGGGGAAGGCGGCGCGGGCGCUGGGAGCCUCCCCGCCGCCCUCAGGCCGUGCCGUUCCGGGAAGCCGGCCUUCCGGAGGCGGCGCGGCGGUGCCAAGGGCGCAGGGAGCCAGCCAGGCGCAGCGGGCGGCCGGGGGCCGGGGAGCUCCGCCAGGCGCUUCCAGGCGGCGCUGCAGGGGCAAACUGAGGCCUGGAAAAGCCUGCCUAAGGUGCCAGCCCCACUUCCAAUCCCUGCCUGCAGAGGAAGAUGAGGAGUCCCUGCUGGAGCCUUGGGUACUGGACAGGGGAGCCCAUGGCCUGGGGAUGCGUUGCUUCCAGCUCAGAACUCAAUUCCCACCACACCGAGGUAAAAACACAGCCAUGGACGUUUCUCAUGGAUCUCUGAGUGCAAAUUCUGUCAGACAUCAGCGGAGGAGGAGGAGAGACCCUCAGCUAGGCCAGGAAAGGUGAGUGAACUUCAUCUCCAAACCUGGCUCCAUCUCAGCGUCGGAGGACUUCCGGGGGAAGGAGAAGGGUGUGCGUGGCCACGUGUCACCCUUGCCUCUGCCCUGCCACUGGCUCCUGGUCUCCCUGCCUUGUCUCUCGCCAUCCCUCCCACCACCCCACCCUGUCCAUCUCUACCUGGGCCACCCCUGGGGCUGUCCUGGUGAUGAUCCUGUUCUUCCCCAAGCGCUCCUGCUGCUUCAAGGACCUGGGUGGCGGGAGCCUGCGUGGGGGCUCGGCCUGUCCUGACUUGUGCUCCAGUCCGUGGGCAUCAAAGUGGAAAGAUUUCUCCCUGCCACCCCUCCAUGGGCCCUGCCCCGGUGAGUGCAGCCUGGGGACCAAGCUGGGGACAAAGACCUCCACCACCCCAGGCCCCCCGCACCUUUCAGACCCUGCCCUCCUUGACAUCCAUCCUUUUGGAGAACCAGCCCUGGUCGGCUUCCCACGGACGACCCCAAGGCCAGGCCCCAGGCCUCCCCUGCAAGCCCACAGCUUCCCAGGGCCUGCCGCAGCUGAUCCCCGGCACGCUGUGGCCUCCCAUUUCCCCGACCUGCACCACGAGCUCAGAGGUCACCAGGUGCCCCUGCCAGUAGGGGCCUCCUGCAGCCCCAGAGCCCAGGAUAGUUCCUUUCUCCAAAAUAAAUAUUUUUGUUAGGCCA